AUGGUCGCUGUGGUUGCUGUUGGCAGUGGUCUAGAGAGGAAAAAGUUGACCCACUUCAUAACGGCUACUGUCUGCAUCCCAAAUCCCGGAAAUCAUGCAGUGCUGUGGAGAAGUUGUUCACAAUAUAAACAGGUAACCAGCAAUGAGGACCUGCUUCUGUCCCAGUUUAUUUCUCUAUUUACUGGAUGCAUUUAUGGAAGGCUCCUAACAGGUCUUUGUGAGAAGAAACAAAAAGAAAUCACAAAAGGGAUUGAAAGAGCUCAAAUAAUGGGUUUUAUGCCAGUUACAUACAAGGAUCCUGUGUAUCUCAAAGACCCUGAAGUUCGUAACAUCAAAUAUCGGGAGUAA